AUGAACCCCGCUGGGCUCGGGACGUGCGGCGGGGACCGUGCGGGGCCCGGCCCGCUGCUCUUCAGCGUCGAGUCGUUGCUGGAAGCAGAGCGCGGGCUAGGCUCGGAGCCCACAGAACCCCGGGAGGAGAGGCCGCGAGGCGCCGCGGAACCCAGGACCUGGUUUCCGCUGGCCGCCCCCUCGUCCUUCCCACAGAAAGAACCAGCCCCCACGAGCCCGUCCGCCCCCUCCCGCGCGCGCGAGCCCUGCAGCUGCUCCCCGUCCCACGCCGAUCAGGCUUCUGCUAGGCUUUGGAGGUCUCCUCUGAGGGCCGCGGUCACCCAGCCGCAACUUGCAUCCGGCACCAGCCUUUGCGGUGAUCCAGGAGUGAGGGAAAGGAGCGCGCGCUGCCGGGUCUCAGCGCCUGCUUUGUGCUCUUUCCCCCCAGGCGCCCCCAGCCCCGCACCCUACCCCCUCCGGCCACACAAGAACAACCGCAAACCGCGGACGCCCUUCACCACCGCGCAGCUGCUGGCCCUGGAGCGCAAGUUCUGCCAGAAGCAGUACCUGUCCAUCGCCGAGCGCGCUGAGUUCUCCGGCAGCCUGAGCCUCUCCGAGACGCAGGUCAAGAUCUGGUUUCAGAACCGCCGGGCCAAGGCCAAGCGACUGCAGGAGGCCGAGCUGGAGAGGAUGAAGCUGGCGGCCAGGCCGCUGCUGCCCCCGUUUGCCCUGCCCUUCCCCCUGGGCACCCACCUGUACGGCUUCCCAGCGGUGUCCCGCGGCGCGGCAGGCUCCCUCCCGCAGGUACCGGGACGCCUCCCCUCGCCCCUGGCCGCCUACUGCAGGUAUUACUUCUCCUAGGGCUGCGAGGCCGCGGGGAUCCCGCUGGGGAGGGAGGGCGCAGCCAGGACAUGUUGGCUGCUGUCGCCGGGGGCAACCCAUCCCAGGGCCUGAGAUGGGUCCCAGAGGGCAAGCGGUGCCCUCUGCCGCCACGGCCUCUCCCUGGCUGCGGCACUGCUGCUACCCGUGCGCUGCAGGCAUCUGGGCAUUCUCUACAUUUUUCAGGUUUUUGUUUUUGUUGUUAACAGCGUUAUAAUUGAUGCCACAAGUCUGUUCGUGGGUAACAUGUUCAAAACUGUUUUUAAAAAAUCCUGCUUGUACCAAACUUUACUGAAAGGCAGUGAGCAUAGUUUCAGAC